GGUGAGCAAAGUAGUUGGUACAUUGUACCGGUAGAUGUCGACGUAGUCGUAAUUCGUGUUGUGGCAGGGAGUUGUAGCUUUAAAUAUUAUUUACAUAUUUUGUUUCUUUUUUUGUGUGUCUUCGUUAUUUUCCAAGCUGUUGUUAGUGACACGUUGGAAAUCAGAAAAACUACGUGGAUAUUUUCGUAUUUUGGAGGAGAUGGCAGCAGAUGGAGAUGAACUAAUAUCAGACCAAGAGAAGGUUCGCAUAGUUUCCGAUUUUAUUCUGCAUUCACCACCAGGAGAAUUCAAUGAAGUGUUCAAUGAUGUACGAAUCCUACUGAAUAAUGACAAUUUGCUGAAGGAGGGUGCGUCUGUUGCAUUUGCUCAUUACAACAAGGAUCAGCUGACACCAGUGAAAAUAGAAGGAUCUGAACAGGCAGUCCUUAUUACUGAACAUAAUGACCUUGGUUCUUCAAGAUUUUAUGAUCCUAGAUCAAGACAGAGUUUCAGAUAUGAUCACUUGAGAAAAGAAGCAUCAGACUAUCAGCAUUGGGAACCAGAUGCCGUAUCUGAACCUUGGAGAGCGGCCUUGGAUGCAGAGUUCAGCCACUACAUUGCCAGCCAUUAUAAACACGGUGUAUGUAGUGUUUUCGGCAAAAGUGAUGGUGAUGAGAUUACACUCACAGCUUGUAUAGAAGAUCAUCAGUUCCAGCCCAAAAAUUACUGGAAUGGACGGUGGCGAUCACAGUGGUCAGUCACAUUUACCUCUGGUACAGCAGAGUUACGUGGCCUGCUGAAAGUACAGGUGCAUUAUUAUGAAGAUGGGAAUGUUCAACUAGUUAGUUCCAAGGAUGUCAAGGAAUCCCUCAUAAUUAGUACCGAGCAACAAACAGCUAAGGAUUUUAUUCGCAUUGUGGAAGAUGCAGAAAAUGAAUAUCAAGCAGCCAUAUCUGAAAACUAUCAGACUAUGUCUGACACAACGUUUAAAGCACUUCGCCGACAGUUGCCAGUUACACGAACAAAAAUAGACUGGAAUAAAAUCAUUUCAUAUAGUAUUGGAAAGGAGUUAAAAAUGCAGUGAUGUUUUUACUUUCUAGUUCACACAAAGAGAAGAUAGCUUUUUUGGUGUUCGCAAAAAUUUGAAUCUGCAUUUAUUUGCAGAUCAGCUGGCGUCCGAUUUGCCAUUGCAGUGCACCAUGUUUGAAUGCGUGAAAUCAUAAAAUUAUAUAUACAAGUUGUUUUCAUAAUAUAUUGAUUUUGAAGAAGCUUUGGCUUCAAAUGUUCUACUGAUGUUUCCUAAAAAAGAAAAGAGUUUGUGUUAUUGAGCUUUAACAUAUUACAGCAAUAUAAGGUUGCUUUAAUUUGCAAGAAAAUAACAGCAUAGCAUGGAGAUGAUUCCAUGUAUGAUAUGCAACUAACUUUAUUUUGAAAAAUUUUUAUUGUUACUGAGUAUAUACAUGGAAUUGUUUGAAAUGCCAAGUGUUCAUGUACCAUGAAAUGAAACUUCCGUUUACGAUGACUGCACCAUUUCAAUUAUUUACCAUUGCCCUUCAUUAUGUCUUGAAAUCUGGCAAGUGACUGCCAUCUUAAUACAAAGAACCAUAAUCACUAUGUCAGACAUAAAGUGUAAAAAGUACCUAAUAAAGCUAACUUGACACUUCAUCCAAUAAAAGAGGGAGGAGAGACAGUGGCCUAUAUUUAAAUGUGGAACCAAACUGCAUUUUUCAUGAAUGCAAGAGGUUCAGUAAAGAAGAAAUAUAUCCUGUUCGUUGAAAACAAACAUCUUGACAUUCAUAGACAUCUAAAGUGAGACCCCCCUCGAGGUUCUAAAAUUCCGAUACUGUGUUGCAAGUUCUCAAAUCAUUAUACUCGAUGCCUAAUCUCAUAUGGUUCUUGAUCCUAGUGGAUCAAAUCCAUGAGCUCUUACAUCAAAAUCUCACAAGAAAAUAACUUAUCCUGGUGUGAAGGCCUACAAUACCAGAACAAAGUUCUUGGAGUUUAUUCUCAUCCAAACGCAGCAGAGACCUCAUUAUCUGUGAACGUGUGUGAAAUGUAUUUCACACUUCUUGUUUGCAUUGUUACACAGUUUGCAUGACUGGAUGAUGUAACACUUGUGUAUGCUAUUUGUGGCAGAGUUUAUAUUACAAAUAUCCUUUAUUCAUUCCAUUUCUUAGACCAUUGUUUUUCUUGGAGGUAAAGUUGUACACUUGUGUGUGGGGAGGGGGGGAGGUGAAUGCAUCAGUGGUCAGAUAUUCCAUUGUACUCGAUCUUAAAUUGAUUAUGAUUAAUAGAGUCCCCUUAAAUGGCAUUUGUCUGUGCCAUUACCAAUUUCAAGCAGUGUAUUAUGUUGUCAGGUAGUGAAAAUGCUGGUGCAUACUCAUGAUUUGUUAAACAUCAUAUAAUAGCAUCUCAUAUCUGGGGAUAGAAAAGUAUACCCUGUGAUGAUUGCUGCUCAAAACUCGUAACAGCAUAGCUAAAUGCAAUUUAAAAUUGCUAUCUGCACUACCUACUCGUUAAUUCCUUUGUUUACUAUGGUCAUCAUCUAACAUGCAUAAUUUGGCUUACAUAUCCAAGUUUUGAAAAUACACAGGAAAUUCCUUAGACUACUACUUGAAUAUAGUGUUAAAAAGAAAAGCAAAUCUGUUGCUCUGAGCACAGUCAGUGUGCAGCAGCUCUCUCUCCACAUGGUGUAUCUCUGGUGAAGGGACACAAUAAACUGAAAUUUUUCUCUGCCAGACACUGUCUGAAUUGAAGUUAGUAUGAACUUGCAACAUAGUGUAGUAAGUCAUUCCCAAGCAGAUGUGUGUUCUAAAAUUAAGAAGAAGAUCCCAUGUAGAUCUGUAAGUGAGAUAAAUUGGUGAAGUCAUUUAGUUGCAUCCCAGGGACUGUGUUGUGAUGUGUGCAGUAUUGCUGCCAUGUUAAUGUUAUAUAUGUUACACUUUGGCAGAAACUUUUUGCAUACAGUACUUAGUUGAUAAAUACCAUUAAUAACAACUAAGGCUUUACUUUAGAAAAAAGUAAAAUACAAAAAUAUACUAUGUGCAGUAUGGGUUAUAUUUCUUCUUUUAUUUAAGUUGUACCCCCUGGCGGAAUUACUGAACCUGUACCCUUGGCAUAGGCAAUUGAAGUAUUUGAAAUGGUUGCUUAUGCUUAGAUGCCUAUGCAGUUCAAAAUCGAAUAUUGUUGUUUACCUGCUGUUGUUAUAACUAUGCAAAAAUAUAGGGGUAAAGACAGAUUUAUUUAAACUGUCUGCAAGUUCAGGCUUCAUAUGUUGUAUGGAUUGAGAUACAUGAGCUUAACAGGUGUGUCAUUCUCCUUCAUUGCAAUUUGGUUUUGUAAAUGACUUAAAGUUCGUCACUGUAUGAACUACAUUUACAUUUGGUUUCUGAUCACAUUGUUUUUUUAAACUGCCAUUCAGCACCAAUUCAACUGAGUCACUUUGCUACAUAUGGGCCUGAUCAUGUAAAUCACAACUGUGUUGUUACUAGUACAAAAAAGCACACUGUUCUGAAGUUGUGUCCUUGGUGUCAUUACUUUUUUUCCUUCAAUGCAGCAGCUUAGAGCAAUUAGUUGUAAGAAAAUGUCACUGAACAAUAUGAUAAUGUUAUUUAAGUGUAAUGUGUAUUGUUUAAUAACAUUAUUAAUCAGUUUUUCAUCAGUAUUGACAGUUACGUUGAAUUUAUAAGAAUAUUAUCAUCUAAAUGUCCUUUUCUUAGUACAUUCGCUCAAUCAUUACAUAUUUCUUCAUGAAGCUUCAUAUUUAUUGUCAUCAUAUGAUCAUGCUUUAUUUGAAAUUGUUAAUUGUAAUUCACUUUUUAACAAAACAAGCUUUUAAUUGUAAAUUUAAGAACUACACAAAUCCAUGAAUUAUGUCCAAUGUAUUUGUGGCAUGUGUUGUCAAAUAUUAAAACUGUUCCCAACAUCAGCCACAUUGAUUUUGUUUAAAAUGUGUUGGUGACACAGCAUUGAAAUAUUGUGUUUAGUGAAGGUAAAUAUUAGACUGUGCUAAGUAUCAGACAUAUUUUUGUUGUUGAAUCAUGUAGGUUGCUGCUGCAUUUCAUGUUGGUAACACAAUUUGAAUUUGCUUUCCUUCCACUGAUUGUGUGAAACAUUAUUAAUGUUGCAGUGGUUUUUCCCAGAAUAAAGUAUUUUGUGGAUUCACAGGAAUGAUAGGCUAAAAUGUGGCCUUAGUCCCAGGUUCUGUCUCUGUGAUCGACAUUUGUUCUUAUUUUUAAUGACUAUAUCAUUCAGACAUUUAGGAAGCUGCAUAUAUGUUUUGAUGUUUGUAAAAAAAAGCUGUCUGAAGUUUGUUGAAUAUUUUUAUGGGAAGUGUGUUGUAUUCAUAGCCACUUUUAUGUGGUGAUGGGCAAAAAUGAGUGACCACUGUGAAUGGACAGAUUCUGAAAUAAAAGAUUAGUUGUAAUCUUGUCUUCGUGGAUUACUUUUUAAUGAUUAUUUUUCAGUUUAUAUGUGAAGAUUUCUUACUAUUUUUAGUACAUCAGUUAGUUUAAAAAAUCCAUUAACAUUUUACAACUUGUUUUUUUCAUAAAUUUUAAUAUUUUUCCAGAAUAAUGGAAUUAUGUUGGCAUUGUUAUAAGUUGAAAUCGUUGUUAGCUCCACGUUUUGUAAGCACUUAAAACAUGGGCCUUUCAUUUCAUCUGUGUAAGACAUUUUAGUAAGUGAAAUGUGCAACUAUAGAAAGUAAAUAAAGCACAUUUACACAA